AACAGGCGGAAGUGAAAGUGAAACGCUGCUUCCUCCUCCCGCUCCCUCCCUCAGACUGCUCGGUGUCUCGGCGGAGGCUCACCGUGAACACCGACAUGAGCUCCCUCCAGUUCAACAGCCUGCUGCUGGACAUCUCCAACCAGCUGACGGAGAAGCAGCUGGAGGACUUGAAGUUCCUGUGCGGGGACAUGCUGGGGAAGCGGGAGCUGGAGAAGAUAUCCAGCGGGGUCCGACUCUUCCAGGUGCUGACCGAGAGAAUGAAGCUCGGAGCAGACAACACCGACUGCCUGAGCCGCUUCCUCACACAAAUCCAGCGGCAAGACCUGGCGGAGAGGUUGGAGAGCUUCGAGAGUCAGGCCGAUCUGAGCGACGUCCUGCCGGACAAAGAGGAGAGAGAUAAACUGGGCAUCGCCACAGAGGUGAUCGUGGAGAAUCUGGGAAAGAAUUGGCGUAAAAUGGGCCGCAGACUGGGCCUGACGGAGGUGAAGAUAGACUCCGUCUCCAAGAGGCAUCCCACAGAUCUGGAGGAAACAACCAGGGAGCUGCUGAAGGAGUGGAGGAGGAGUCGGGGGGCCCAGGCCCAGACCCAGGAGCUGAUCCAGGCCCUGAGAGCCUGCAUGCUGAACCGCACCGCCGACCAGGUGGAGGACAGCCUGCCCUCCUGUUGAGGAUCCACACAACAGUCUGACAGAACUGUGAGGGCUGUGAUUAAACUACAAGAAACAAUAUCAAGAGAAUGAUACGCAAAUAUAUAAAACUAUGCAAAAUAAUCAACUUAAA